UGGGUGCGUGAUGUUUACAGGUGGCGUGAUAUAUAACUUCCUUAAAAAGUAUUGUUUCAUACUAUGAAAGCGUCGAUAUUCAUAUACGGUUGGACAGUCGUAUCGGAAAGAAAGGAAAUUCAUAUACGGACGGUUUCCAAAGGGAUCAUCCUUUUUCCAGAUCUUUCUAAACUGAAAAUUCAGAAGUGUCACAGAAAUAUCGGAUUAUUAAGAAAUUAAAACUUAGUAAGCAGUUAUAUCCUUCAGGGACAAAGGAGCACCGUAAAUAAAACAAAGCUGUGAAGGGUAAGACGGUCAAGUCAUCAGAAAAUAUGCACGCAGGCGAUCAUUUGAUACCGUUUGCAGGAAAAAAGAAGAAUACAUCAUUUUCUGUAUUAGUAAUGGUCAUGCUAUUCCUCUCAAACAAAGGUAUUGUUGUGAAUGCAGCUGUCCCCUCUGAGAGUACAAUGUUUUCUACAGAUUUACUGGAAUCCCAAUAUUGUAACAUGGACAACUUGUAUUCCUUAAAGAAAAGCUGCCACACAAACGUGUAUUCCUUUGCACAACUUAUCUUCUACUGCAAGUUUUCAGACAUUUGUAAUAGAGAUGAAAAGCCAUAUUGUAUCUCCACAAGUCACUUUGGUGCAUAUGUAUGCUUGAAAAAAAAUUUAUCAUGCACAAAAGGUCGGUAUUACAAGGCAGUAGCUGAUGCUAACUCUCCGAAAAAAAUAUUUUUCGAGGAAGAUAAUUGCCCAGACGGAACAUAUCAGCCCGAUGAAUCUAACUGCAUCCAUGCAUGUGGAAACAAACACAGGAACCUAAAAAACAUCUCUGAAAAAUACAUUGUAUAUUCUGUUGGUAAUUCAAGUCAUCCUACCCUAGUUAAUUGUAACUAUAAACUGGGAUACUUCAACGCCAAGGGCAUUUUACUACUAAAUUACGACGAAAAUAUAUCCGACAAUAUUUGUCAACAGGAUGGAAAUGUCAGUUCGUGUCCAGGACAACAAUACCACCUUCCAAAUGGCACUUGUGUAGAUAAGUGUGAUGCUGGGUUUGAAAGGCAAUUACCUGACUUUGUAUGUACUGAAAUAGAACGGCUGAUAACGAGAAAGGAUUCGGGGUAUCAAAAAGUCCCUGACCAAGGUACAAACAAGGAUGCGGUGGAUCAAAAAGCCCCUUUCAUAGUCGCCGGCAUUAUAAUAUCGGUUGUCAGUGCUGUGACUCUUGGUCUUUGUCUACUAGUAUAUAAAUAUAGACGCCAUCCAAAUAUUGUCAAAGAAGACGAUUCACUUAUACUCGAAGUUGUGUCCACAAAAAUUGACAAAGAUGGAACAAAUGAAACAGAAACUGAUGUUGACGCUAUACCUGUAUAUGAACUUUGCGAAAAAGGCCAAAACAAUCAAAACAGUGAAAAUGAAGAUGAUGAUGAUAAUGCUGAAACAAAACUACUUCAACACCAUGAAACUUAUACACACAUUGCUGUUAUAUCUCCUGUUGAAUCAAAGAUCAAUGAUUACAAAGAGAUAAGACAUUUAGAAACAAGAUUACAACAAAGAACAAGGGAAAGUGUUCAGGGAGCUGGAGAUUCUGAGAUAACACAGGCAAAGGACCAAGAAAACAACACACACGAGCUUCAGUUAAGAGAAGGGGUAGAGAAACAAACAUUGUCUCUCAAAGUGCUAGGUACACCUGAAUCACAAAUCGACUGGGACACGGUUUUCUUGAAGCUAUCAAAAUCGUUGUCUCCUACUAGCUGGAAAUUUUUUGCGUAUCAUUUACUCAACGGUUGUCAGUCAUUGCCGAGAAGCGUUCAUGAUACAGUUGAGGAAAUUGAGAUGGAGACAAAGAAUCAGCAUACGUCUGGUUGGGUCAUUCAUGCAUACCUUAAUGUGUUCUAUAGAUGGCUUAAAUGUUUAGGACGUGCACGUGCAUCGAUUGAACAUAUAGAGGAAGCCGUUAUGGCAUGUAUGGAGGAACAGGAUGCUAAAGACCUAGUAAUUGAGUUCAAAAAGAGCCCGCCAAUGAAAGUAUCAACGUCAAUAUGUAACACUUUAGACCCGUACACAUUUGACCGAACAUCAUUUGGGCGCAAUGCUUCAUAUCCUGCACAGUUCAUGUACAUGGCCCUGUGUGAUGAUAAAACACAAGACAAAGCCAUGACCCGAAAACAUGUCAGGUCAAGUGAAUCACAUAUUUUCGAAAUUGCUCAGUUUUCCUCCGGACCUUUGGAUCCUACAAAUGAAAUAACCAAUCGUCAGGAAACGUUCACUACAGUCCAGUUGAACAAAACCUGUAAAAAGCCAAUUAAUAGACGUGAAAAACGAAAGACAAAGCAAUCAACAAUUCAGGAAAAUAAAAAACGAUUAAAAAAUGAUAACUAUAAUAUUCGAAAUGCAUUAGAAAAUAUGCGUUUAGAUAUCAUGCCGAUCCGUCAAAAUGACUAUGACAUAUACAUGGAUUUUGUUAUAAACCGUAUUUUAAACGAAUGCCAUGUGAGUAAAAGCAUAGUAUUGUCCGUCAAAUACGCAGGGUUUUGUGAACCUUACAAAAUAGAAACAAAAGAUAAGGAAACAUUAUACGUUUUAAAAAGCGGAAGAGCAAAUAUUUGUAUGGGGAAAGAAGUAUACGAUGAUUUAGACUUUUACGGGAACGUUGCAAGAACAAAGCUAUUGACAGAUCUGAAGGCAAAGUAUACUGACUAUGAUGAAACCACUUCUGAAACGUAUUUGUUCAUAAGAUUCGACGGGAAACCACUAUUUGAACAAGAAGAAGAGAAAGUUGAUAACACCGAAAACAACAUGUCUGAAAAGGUGGAGGGUACCGAGCAGCAAUUACAAGUAAAUGGUAAAAAUUAUCUUUCAAUCAGAAACUCCCCUGACAUGAAAGCAUCGGAGGAACACUUAAACAUCAGAAAAAAAGAUUUUGAAGCUGAAAAGGAAGACAGAUCAGGGCCGAAAAUAGAUCAACAUGAUAAGAAAGAACUACGGCAAAGCAAAGAAGAAAGAGAAAAAAAUAAAACUGAAGGGAACAGAAAGCAGGAAAGUCAUUUUACCGCCUUAGAUAUAGAAAAAGAAUUAGAAAGCAUUAAAGAAUCGUUCUUUCCGACAGGUGAUGAAUUAUAUAAUUUACCGACCGCAGACGAUGUGGCCGAGGCUUUUAAAAAUAUGUUAGGUCAAUGCGUGAGACCUCCGGUUUAUGGAGGCAAUUCGUUGCCAAAAAUCGAGCCUUGUUGAUCUGAGUUGAACAGUUUGUUUACAGACAAAAUGCACUUGUAUUUCUUUGUAUGUAAACUCCAAUGUUGUAUUCUGGGAUUGGGAUUGCCGAUUUAAUAUUGUAAACAUGUAUUUCAACUUAAUAAAUUUUGUUAAACGACAAAAUAU